AUGGAAGACAUAAUCAUGACUUAUGAGGACAAUGAUGGGGCUGUUAGGUUGCUACCUGGGUACAUAUUUGAUCCUACUGAUGAGGUUCUUGUGGGUUUCUACCUGAAGAGGAGGGUAUUUUCUCAACCUCUUCCUGUUGAAAUCAUCCCAUAUUUUGAUGUGUUUCAAACUGAACCUUGGAGCCUGCCGGGAGGAGAUGGAAAGAUUUUCAAUGAGCGCAAGUGUUUCUUCUACAACAUCAUGGGUCAUGACCUUAAAAACCUUGAUAUAAGAGUUGCUGGGAGUGGCCAAUGGAGGGUUAUGGAAAAACGGAAUGAUGUUCCUAUCUCUACAAACAAGGAGGUGAUUAGGAAGAGGAACAUCCUGAACUUUUGGGAUGGGCAAGGAGACUGUGCUAGGAGGACCAAAUGGGUGAUGCAUGAGUUCCGUCUUGCGUUAAUAGCUAACCCAUCUAAGAUUAAGGAUGCAAAGAAUGACAAAAUGGGGAAUAAUGGGGAAAUCACCAAUGAUGGGAGUGCCUAA